AUUUCCCCCUGUGCUGGCUGGGGGAUUCUGGGAAUUGAAGUCCGCAAGUCUUAAAAGUUGCCAAGUUGGACGCCGCUGCUUUAGCACAACUAACCUAUUUCAACGUUGUGCGCUUAAAGACGCCCCUUGCCAGCUUGGGAUGCCUUUAAUUCUGAAAAGGCUGCCCGCUCUCCCGUACCCCUCCCCAGGGUUCAAAUCCUUCCUCCCCUCCCUCACACUUCUAGGCUUGCAUGAAAAGAUCCCCUCCCCUCUUCACAGCCGGGGGUACCUAAUGCCCUUCUUUGUAGGCAAUGCUAAAUCAUGCAUGAAUUCUCUAAGCCACUGGAAAGGGUUUUUUAUUUAUUUAAAAAAGGCAGGGGGUCUCAUUAGCACACGUAUAAAGGCUCCCUCCUCCCCCCCCCAGCCUCUCAACCUUCUGUUUAGGAACAGGUGACAUCACUUCCUUCCCGGCCUCCUCCCUAGCAUUCCCCCCGCCCCUUUCUCCAAAGUCCCCGAUGCGACUCCCUCCACUUGCACAUGCCAAGAAGUCCUUCAAGCUUCCCCAUCCAAGGACGUUCACCCUGGUUGCAAGAGCUCGCUUUGCGUGGGGUUUUCCCCUCUGGCCCCACUCCCUCUUUUAGUCCUUUCUGCAGUCACUUUUCCUUCUCCCACAGAAACACACCGCCGCCCCAAGAGGGACGAGAGAAGCACCUUUGCUGGGAAUUUUUGAGCGAUGAUUUCUCCGGAAACCUCGCUUCUCCUCUUUUUCCUCUGGCCAGCGUUUUCGCUGCCCGUACCAACUCAGCUGUCCAAGGACGAUGAAACGGUGAUUAAAUGCAUCUCAGAAAUCUUAGCAGACACCCUGUCCAGAUCCAGCCCAAUGCCAGUGACCAGCGAUUGUAUGAAGGUCCUGAGGGAGGACGACAGAGUCCUGACGAUGCUCCACCAUCGGCAUCUGCUGACAGAGUUGGAGGGCCUCGCCCAUCAAGGUGAGCAACCUCCAUUCUCGUGUUCGGUUCUUUGCCAGGCGAAGAUGGAAGAAAACACAAAGCAUCUCCUGGCCCACGAAACCAACCACAAUUCUCGGGAAGAAAAGCAACAAGGAGAACUCAAGAAGAGGGGGAAGCCUGCCCAACGGAAGGGAGCUGCCCCUGAGGAGGGGGAAGAGCUCGCUGGCGAAAAGAAAGAUGUGGAGGAGGAGGAGGAAGAAGAAGAAGAAGAGAAGGAGGUGACUAAGAAGGAAGAGAAAUCUAAAAACCUAAAGGAGGAAGCCGAGGUCUCCCGAGAGGAAGAUCUUCCAGAUGCUUUGAAGGGACGAGAUGAAGAGGAAGAGGAGGAGGAGGAAGAGGAGGGAGAAAUAAAGAAGAAGGCUUCCUCAGAGACGUGGCACUCCAAAGAAUAUUUCGGCCACGUCAAAGAAAGAGGUUCCAGGCCGCCCAAAAUCAGAAAGGAAAUGCGUGAGGGGGACGAAGAGAGGCAGGAGACGGGCAAGAAACGCCCGAGGAUGGAUGAGGAAGACGGGGAGGACACCUCAGAAGAAGAGGAGAAGAAGAAAUACCAUCCUGGAGGAGACAACGAUGAGGAGAAGUGGGAAGGAGAAGAAGAAGGGAGGAUGGCCAAGAGGGUGGCGGAGAAGGCCAGCGACGAGGAGACCGCUCAGUUUGAAGAGGAGGAGCAAGAGAAGGGUCUUAAAAGCUCCAAGGCCAAGGCCCACCUCCACAAAGGGUGGAAGCCAUGGCAGGAAGGAGCGGAGGAGAAGAACCACCACAAGGUGAGACACGCCCAUCACCAUCCAUCCCUUGACUUGGACCUCAAGAAGAGGUAUGAGAAGGAUCGGGUGGAUCUGAGGGGCAGACACCACACCACCCCUGAGGAGGAGGAAGAGGAGGAGGAGGAAGAAAAGGUCGCCAGGCAGAGGAAGGCUCCCGAGGUGGAGAAACUGGAAGAGAUUGUACGGGAGUUGAAGUGGGCUGCUGACCAACUCGAGGAACUGAAGACGGGUUAAAUCCUGCGGCCGCCUCAGGAGCUGGGGAGGGUAGGAGAAAGCCCAGCUAUCCCCCCCCUCUUCCUCCUGUCUCUAUGACCCUUGUAUUCAGCUUGGCUUUAGACUGUUAAACUAAGUUUUCCCUUGCUUACAAUGAUAAUAAAGAAUAGUUGCAGCUCAGGGUUGAACUGUGGAAUCCUUGGGGGUCUCUGAGCUUGGUGGUU